AUGAGAAUCUUUUCCAUCGUUAUCGCAGCUCUGCUUUGUGCUUCAGGUUUCUAUCAUGCCUUUGCUCUCCCUACAACCAAUUCUUCGGUCCUGGAACCGCGCUCCAAGAUAGGAGACACCAAAAGCAACCCCAUCCGAGCAGAGAUCGAGAUCCGCGGAGAGGAUUCCCUAACCUAUGAUGUGGACUGCUGGGAUAUGCUAUGCAAGGGCAAGCCUACAGUAAUGCAAAAGGUGAAUCAAAACACAGCGAGGAAGCACCGACAGAUAAAAACCGGCAGUGGCGCCAAAAACCAACCCUUUGCGAACCGAGUCAAGUAUGGGAUAAAAGCGAGCCCGGCAACAAGCGCCUGGGCAGCUCACAGAAAGUGGUCGUCAGCCGAAGAAUUUCCUUUCGCGUCAACCGCUGAUGGGGGGAAGAAUGCAAUUCUUGUCGGAGUCACGGAGAACUCACAGGAGGAGCAGAAAACAUCACUACGUACCUUCUACCACUCGAAUAGGAUAUGGGCAUAUAACGAGACCACAAAUAGCUCGGAAAGGUCCUGGUUCGAGAUCACUGGGUUCAAAACGAGAGCUGGGACAACUGCAAAAAUUGGGCCUUACUGCAAAGCUUUCAAUGCUAGAGACAGCAAGGUCUGCAGUGCAAGCACCAAGGUAGUUGGCGCUUGGGGGUUUGACGUGGCCGAAUAUGCUUAUGUCUACAACCACCAGAAAAAGAAGUUUGAGUAUGUAGGAAAGUGA